AUGCACACAACCACGUACGGCGACAGCAGUGAUAAGCAUCGAGCGAGCUUGUGCUGUGAGACCAGCCUGUUUCAGCGUGGGUGUCGUCACGGUCGCUACGGCACUGUUCUUGGACAUCGUGCUACUUGUUACCCUCAGAAACACCCCGAGAACGUAUUCGCAGGGGUCACCCGACUCCAGCACUGCAGCGAGGCUUCCGUGGCAAAGCAACGAGGGCUGACCGCGCCACCAAGUGAAGCUGCGGGGUCUUGCUCACAUCAAAGUCACGUGACGUGCACUGAUUCUGGUCGGGGACGGGCAGCUGAUCCCUUCUCCCAGGUGACGUGGCACGUCCUUGCCUCCUCUCGCGGCAACCCACGGAGUCUGGACGGGGAUGGGCCGCUGAUCCUUUCUCACAGUGUACAUGCUUCAAGUCCAGUGAGCCAUAAAUGGACCGAAGUUGGGGCGUAGCUGGCGCCGCCAGCCUCACCGCCUUCUUUACGGUGGUGAUGAUGAUGAAUUCGGGGUUCUUCUAUGUCUCCUUCAUUGAAGAAUUUGGAGUUGACAGAGAGACAGCCUCAUGGCCCGCCAGCGUCAUGUCAAUUGUGUCACACUCGUCAGGUCUGCUAGUUUCAUGCGCUCAGCGGCACCUGUCUGUCUUCCAGCUCGGCGUCAUUGGCAGCGUCUUCCUUUGGGCAGGAAUCCUGGGAGCCGUCUUCGCUCCCAACAUGGCCUGGAUGACCGUGACGCUGGGCGCAAUCCAUGGUGCAGGCGUCGGAAUCGUCUGCGUCACUCUGGUCAUAGUAGUCAUGAUGUACUUCGACAAAUACCGCGGUGUAGCCAGUGGCCUCAAGUUCGCCGGAUACACUCUGGCUUCGCUGUUGUUUCCCACAAUACUCACAUCGCUGAAGGAUGCCUACGGGUUCAGAGGAUCCAUGCUCGUGUACGCUGCGAUCACAAUGAACGUGACAGCUCUGACGCUGCUCUUGAAAGAGCCUCCGUGGGAAAUGAAUGCUCGGAACCGUAAGACCGAAACAUCUAAGGAAGAAAGCGGGAGCGUUUCCUCGAUUACCGCUGCCCCUCUGGAUAGCGCGGCUUCGAAUGCUUUGGCGUUUCGAGAAGGCGCUGGAAGCAAUGGUGCUGGAUUUGCAGAAUCGAUAAACCCAGUGAGCUCUCUCACACCAAAUGGUGUUGGUGCGGUAGACUCUAUUCACAACCGGGUAGCGAAUUCAGAAGUACCAGUGACGCAUGCGUGCAACAGUAGCAAUGAGCAACCCCCAGAGAAUUCAAAUAACGUAAACCUUUUUAAAACCUGGCUUCAAAGUUUUAAGUUUCUGAGAAAGCAAGAAAGCACCAGCCAGACGGCUGGCGUGGAAAAUGGAAGCAAUGGAAAGCGAACAGCAACGAUUGUGAGCGAAGGUAAUGCAUCAAAUGAAGCAAACCAGUGUACUUCACCGAAGUCUCAGCGCUCUUGUUCGUUAUUUGGAGAAGUCGGCAACCUGUUAUCUAAGCCUCGGUUUUACGCUUGCGUGUUGGCGGUCGUGGCGAUGGACUACACGAUGGCCGUCUUUCCAGCGACCAUAGUGGACUACGCGCUUGACAAAGGGUCAUCCCGGAGCCACGCUGACCUUUCUGUGACCUACUGCUCACCAGCCGAGCUCUUUGGUCGUAUUGUGCUUCCGCUAAUCGGUGACUGCAAGUUCGUGAGCAGGACAACAUUGGUAUCGGCGAGCUUCUUCCUGCUCGCCGCGACUAUGCUGGCCAUACCAGCGACUCCUUCCUUCCUUUCUUAUAUUCUCGUGUGCGCGUGCGCUACAAUGUUCACGGCUUGCUUGCUCGCCAUGAAGCCCGUGGUGAUUGCCGACUACUUCGGCAUCGAGAGCAUCGCCACCAGCUGGGGUUUCGCUGGAGUGACGCUGCUGCCUCUGCUCCUGUGCAGUCCGUAUAUUAUCGGUUACUUUCGAGACACAGGAGGAAGCUACGAUGGACUUUACCAGCUCCAAGCUGGAAUUCAUUGCUUCGUCGGCGGCCUGUUCGGACUUCUUGCUGUCUUAGACAGAAGACGGCAGAAAAAGUGGACGAAGAACCUGAUAGAUUAGGCUGUUCCCUUUAAUCUGCUUUGAUGUAGCUCACGAUUUUACCUUACAUUGUUUAUGCCUUGCAUUAUGAGAAAACGUGAAACUCCAACGGUUUUUGUUAUUGUUGUAACCUUUCGGAAACACCGGAGGCUUCCACAAAAACGGUUGCUGUAAAACGGUAACCGUGAAAACGGUAACAUCUUUCCGGAAAAGUGCCCCCAACGCAUCAUAUAUUCUAUAUACUUAACAGAGGAGCACGCAGAUGGGUGUGUCGGCUUGUUCUCUGGCGCACUCCUCCCUCUGACUAUAUUUAUUCCCAUUCAAUGACCGCAAAAUAUAACUACCAUUUAGGUGGUCGCUUUCUCGUUAAACAACAAUAGGACCUUAAUGGCAACUUUAACCUUGGGUACUAGGGGCGGACACACGAAAGACACAAGGAAGGAGACGGGACAGAGCGCCUCUGUCCCGUCUCCUUCCUUGUAUCUUGUGUUUGUGUUCGCGCUUAGUACCCAAGAUGAAUUGUGACCAACUCGCCCAAGAAGACGUAUGUUUACGCAACAUUAAAAUUGCGUGAUACACUUUGUGAACCUUGUAACUAGCGUUGCCGAUCUGAAGUUGUGAACGUGAUCUGUGAACAUGUUAGCCAAACAAUAAUACACUGUGGUUUUCCAGUUUUUGACACUCGAUUGUAAAAUCUAGUGUAAAAAACAGUGAAAACCCGCCUUAUCUUUGCUUCGUAAUAUUGUCAGCAGCUAAGCGGCCAACCAAACGGGAUUGGUGCAAUUAGUGAUCGCAAGAGCACUCUCAGUAACAACGCUAUCGCCAAUGUUGGGUCAAAUAAAUUAAACCAUGUAUCUGCGGUCUGAAAAGGACCAAAAGAGUA